AAUAAAUUUACCUCCGAUAUGGAAAUUGGAAUUGCACUUUCAAAUGAGCUCGAAGUUCGAAUUUCAGAAGCGUUCUGUAUUUUCGAUCAUCAUGGCGACAAAUACAUAGAUACACGUAAUAUAGGUAAUGUGCUAAGAUUUCUUGGAUGUGUUCCCACAAAUAAAGAAAUCGAUGCGAUCAUCAAGGCUACUGAUUCUUCAGAAAAUCCUGGCGAGGCACACUUGCCAAAAUUUAUGGCACACGUCUCUCACCUGCUUAUGAAUCGAAAAAUGGAACCAGCAAGUCCUCAAAAACUUUUAGAGGCAUUUGAGGUUUUGGAUCCUGAAAAUAAACGCUUUUUAACAAAAGAGUAUUUUGCAAAAUUAAUGAGAGAGGAAGGAGAGCAGUUCAGCGAAGAAGAAAUUAAAGAAAUAUGGCCAGUAGCAAUAGAUCCGAUUACCGGGAAUAUACCAUAUAUAUUUUACAUUAAUAAGUUAAAGCACAAAACAACUAUUUACGACGUUGCUGAAGCAGUAAGGGAUGAAAUUGCUGCAAACGAAAAGGACAAAAAGAAGUAAUGCAGAUCACAAAAUUAGUUUACGUAUUGAAGGUGUAAAAUUCAUAUUUGAAAAAACAAUGCAAUGAAAAAAUACAUAUUUGGCAACUGAAAUUAAAUGUUGAGUCUAAGCAUGAAAUGCGAACCAUAAAAA